GAAACGUCCGUCACUGAACGCUUUCCUCCCUUUUUCCGCGUGUGUCGGCUUCUAAAUGGCUUCACGCAAAGACUCUGGGUCAGUACCUCCCGCCGCGAUGGCUUCUACGGCCGGUACGUUGGAUUCUCCUGUGAAACAGAUCCAGAUUGAGGGACUGGUGGUGCUGAAGAUUAUCAAGCACUACCAGGAAGAGGGCCAGGGCAGCGAAGUGGUUCAGGGCGUCCUGCUGGGCCUGGUAGUCGACGACCGGCUGGAGAUCACCAACUGCUUCCCAUUCCCCCAGCACACCGAGGAUGAUGCAGACUUUGAUGAAGUCCAGUACCAGAUGGAGAUGAUGCGUUCUCUGCGCCACGUUAACAUUGACCAUCUGCACGUAGGCUGGUACCAGUCCACCUACUAUGGCUCCUUUGUCAGCAGAGCACUGCUUGACUCCCAGUUCAGCUACCAGCAUGCCAUUGAAGAGUCAGUUGUGCUCAUCUAUGACCCCAUAAAGACGGCCCAAGGCUCCCUGUCCCUCAAGGCCUACAGGCUUACCCCAAAACUCAUGGAGAUCUGCAAAGAGAAAGAUUUCACACCUGAGGGCUUGAAGAAGGCUAACAUUGGCUUCGAGCAUAUGUUCGAGGAGGUGCCCAUUGUCAUCAAAAACUCCCACCUCAUCAACGCACUGAUGUGGGACCUGGAGGACAAGUCCACAGUCACCGACAAGCACGAACUGCUCAACCUCUCAAGCAGCAACCACUUGGAGAAGAGCCUUCAGCUUCUGAUGGACAGAGUGGAUGACAUGAGCCAAGACAUUGUCAAAUAUAACACCUACAGCCGCAACCUGAGUAAGCAACAGCAGCAGAAGCACCAGUACCUCCAGCGGCGGCAGCAGGAGAACGCCCAGCGACAGAGUAGAGGGGAGCCCCCGCUGCCUGAGGAGGACAUCAACAAAAUGUUUAAGCCCCCCCAGCCUCCACCUCGCAUGGACACACUGCUUAUUGCAGGGCAAAUUAACAACUACUGCCAGAACGUGAAGGAGUUCACCUCGCAGAACCUUGGGAAGCUGUUCAUGGCGGAGGCUCUCCAAGGCCACAACUAAAGGAGAGAAGCGGGGAGGAACAAUCUGCGGAAGGGGAGGGGGAACAAAGUGCACGGGGGGGGGGAGGUAGCAGAGAUGCAAACCAUCUUGGCGACAACUGAAGGAAAUCUGUGCUUUGUUUUCUAAAAUGUAUUCAUUGUUCAUUAUUAUGCUCAUCUUGGAUACAAAAUUAUCUUAGAACAUCACUUGAUUUUGAUUUAAAUAAAAGUCUUGCAUCUCUACA